CAUGUGUUUUGUAAAUUAUUCAAGAUAUUGAAAACGUGCUCUAUUCCUAAACAAUUUUUAUCUGCUGACAUAGUUUGUACGUUUCGAGAUCGAGAUUCGAGAGAGUUUAUGAUUACUGCAAGAUAUGAUAAUCGCCUCGCUAUUCGCCUGGCCUCUAUAUUAUUCGUUUCGUUAUACAUGUUCCUAUUAAUAAACACGCUAUUCCUAUAUACUGAUGGCGUCCCUCCAUGUUUUCAGUUUGUACAUAUUGCGUAUACUAGAGCACAUUGCGCAAAUCUUGCGUCAAAUAAAAUAUGAAGCAUAAAACACAAUACAAUUCAACGGCAAGCAAUUCUUGCAGCAAUUCCUCAAAAAAUUGCUCAAGAAAUUGCGUCAAAUCUAGCGCAAUAUAUUACACAGUCCAAAACGAGCUUUCAAAAAAUCUGCUGCAAUUUAAUCGAAGAUAGAGCGGUGGCUGCAAAAAAUAAUCCGCAAAACCUAUUUCCGAAGUCGCUGUUUUUCACUAGCUUCAGGAAUAACAUUUUAUAUCAGAACUGGAAAUGAAAAACUAGAGGCUACCUAAUAGGAAGACGUUUUAGGGGCGAGUGCACGCACAUGUGCACAUGCAUAACGCACGUAGUACUUUAUCAAGAACGCGACAUUGAAUAAUAAGUGUUUAUCUUGCGGAAAUUUUGCAGUACUACCACGUGUUUACCGACAAGGUGCACAAGGUGAAGUCGCAAAUCGCAAUAAGGACGAAGAUAAUCCGUUACGAGCGGUGAGGUUGUAGGUGUGCGACACUGAGCGAGGCGAGCAAGGAGAAUAUGCAAAAAUGCAUGCCCCACGGUUAAUGAAGUGCUCCACCUUUCUUUCUCUUUCCGUAUUAUUAUCUGCCUGAGCGAGCGAAUUCCAUGAAUAAUCGAGCCGUGCCGUGUAUAUGUUGGUUAUGCGGUAUGAAUAGUGCGCAUUUCCAGGGGCUCUCGUUGCGUAUGUACGCGUACGAUGAUUCAUUUUUCGCUUCGACGCCGACCGGAAGCAGUAUGACACUCGCGUUGACACACCCACUCAUCCUCGAUCGAAGAGGCAAUAGGAUCGAUGCAAGGGGUGCAAAGAGAUGCAUUUAUCAAAGAGAGAGAGAGGGAAGAAAACGGAAGAGCUGAGACGCAGUGUGUACGUGACAGUAUACAGAUAAAAAUAUAGCGCAGAUAUGCGAUAAUAUAGUGAAGUAAAAAGAAUGAAAAAUCUCGAAAUACGCUAUUUUCUUAAUAAUAUAAUAAAUUCUUAAUAAAAGAUGCAUAAAGUAUAUGAGAUCAAUAAUAGAUAUAUAACAGCGCAAGGAAGUAAAUAAUAAUUCAUCAGACAAAUUUCUAAUUAUAGAAAAAACUUGAUACAGCUACAAGAAGUAAUAAAAACAACAACUCAGAAAUAUACGGUAAUGUAAAGUAUGAAUUGUCUUCGAUAUCUCACUUCCACACCACCGCGUGCCAUAUUCGAUCGGUCGAGGUCCCCGCGUCGCUCCAUUCACGCUUCGCGGAGCACAGACAAGAUCAUAGACGCGCGAAUAAUUACUGAAAGCGAUCGAGAGUGCCGACCGAUGGAAAAAGACGAAGGAAAGACGAGGGAACCUCUCUCUGUCUCUCCUUCUGUCUCUUUCACGUGAGUGCACGCGCGCGCUCUCUCUCUUCUUUCCUCCCUCGUCUCGCACUCGCGUGGUGCGCUCAAGGCGACAUAAACGUGCUUUUUCUCACGGUGCGAAUGAAACGAACGAUACUUCUUUUUCCUCCUGACCAAUAAUAGUCUCGUCCUUCGUGCAAACGGCAAGCGGAGAGACCGCGCGGCGAGUCAUCCGCGCGGCUUCGCAAAGAAUCUAGGAUUGAGGUGAGCGCGUAACAAGUCCCGGGGCCCGACUCACCCCACUAUCAGGCGGCGGUGGCGGUGGUGGACUCGCCAACACCGUUUACCUACCUAGCUACCUAUACCUGCUCACCUACGAAUUUGCCUUGCCCAUUGGCAGGAAGCAUUUUUUUCCCGCAUCACUCCCCCUUGGACCCUAAGCGCGCAGGAAAAACAAUCCGCCGGGGAUAUAUAAGCGAUCCAGCGGGGUACAGCGAGAUAUAGUCAGUCCGCAGUACCGACAAGAGAGAUUACGAGCAAUCGCAGCAACAUGUUCAAGUUGGCCGUUCUUUUCGCCAUCCUUGCCUACGCAUCUGCCACAGGCCUCUACUCCGGAUACGGAGGACUCUACGGUUAUGGUGGUUACGGCUACGGUGGUUAUGGUUUGGGCCAUGGAGUAGCGGCGAUCGCACCUGCGGUCUCAUAUGCGCACGCUCCAAUCGCAACUAGUUACGCUAAUACGUACAAGGUCGCCGUUGCGCCGACUGUCGCCAAGAUCAUUGCACCACCUAUCACCAAAGUGGCGUACACCGCACCUGCUAUCACAAAGCUCGCCUACGCUCCUAGUUACUCGGUACCACCGGUGUACACGGUUCCACCAUCAGUCAGCUAUCUGCACAACAGUCUUGGAUAUGGUCAUGGAUACGGUCUUGGUCAUGGAUACGGUCUUGGUUAUGGUUACGGACUCGGCUAUGGCCAUGGCUAUGGAUAUGGUGGAUACUACUGAAUGGGGCUAGCGAACCAAAGUCUUUAGGACUAAUGGCCCCUCAUCGACAAGUUUGAUCGUAAUGUUCGGUGUCACAGGCCUAUAUCCAUGCCACAACUGCCACAAACUUUGUCAUCUCGGCUAUGUAUAAUAUACAUGAUGUUUAUAAUAUAUAUUUUCAUCUUUUA